GCAACGUGACUUCCGGUUGUCAGAUCGCUCCAGACGCGGCGGGGGGCCGGGAAGAAGCCGAGUGGCCGGAGGUCGCGGUGGCCCCAGUGGUCGUGGGCUCCGGGUGGGCUCGCGUCAUCCUGCGCCGUCUGCGAUGCAUCCGCGGCGCCCGGACGGAUUCGAUGGCUUGGGCUAUCGGGGCGGUGCUCGGGAUGAGCAGGGUUUUGGCGGCGCUUUCCCUGCCAGGUCCUUCAGCUCCGCGUCGGACCUGAGCCACUGGGUGACCACUCCCCCAAACAUCCCCGGUAGCCGCAACCUGCACUGGGGCGAGAAGAGCCCGCCCUACGGCGUGCCCGGCCCCUCCACCCCGCUCGAGGGCCCCGCGGAGGAACCGUUUCCCGGCGGCAGCAGCGGCGGCGGCGGCGGCGGCGUGCCGGGCCAGAGCACCGAGCAGUUGAAUAGAUUUGCUGGAUUUGGUAUUGGCCUUGCAAGCCUCUUUACAGAAAAUGUACUGGCUCAUCCUUGCAUUGUUCUACGUCGCCAAUGUCAGGUUAAUUAUCAUGCUCGGCAUUACCAUCUCACUCCCUUUACAGUCAUCAAUAUCAUGUACAGCUUCAACAAAACUCAGGGACCGAGGGCCCUUUGGAAAGGAAUGGGAAGUACGUUUAUUGUCCAGGGAGUCACACUUGGAGCAGAGGGAAUAAUAAGUGAAUUUACACCUUUACCAAGAGAGAUUUCACAUAAAUGGAAUCCUAAACAAAUAGGAGAACACCUUCUACUAAAAUCCCUAACUUAUAUGGUGGCAAUGCCUUUUUAUUCAGCAAGUCUAAUUGAAACAGUACAGAGUGAGAUCAUUCGCGAUAACACUGGAAUUUUGGAAUGUGUAAAAGAAGGAAUUGGAAGAGUGAUUGGCCUCGGAGUGCCUCAUAGCAAACGACUGCUCCCACUCCUUUCUUUGAUCUUCCCUACGGUGCUGCAUGGAGUUCUUCAUUACAUCAUCAGCUCAAUCAUUCAGAAGUUUGUCCUCCUAAUUCUAAAGAGAAAGACUUAUAGUAGCCAUCUAGCUGAGAGCACUAGUCCAGUGCAGAGUAUGUUGGAUGCUUAUUUUCCAGAACUUAUUGCUAACUUUGCUGCCAGUCUUUGCUCUGAUGUUAUACUUUACCCAUUGGAAACAGUCUUGCACCGCCUUCACAUUCAAGGAACACGCACAAUCAUUGACAAUACAGACCUUGGCUAUGAAGUGCUUCCAAUUAACACACAGUACGAGGGAAUGAGAGACUGUAUCAAUACCAUAAGGCAGGAGGAAGGAGUGCUUGGUUUUUAUAAGGGGUUUGGUGCUGUUAUAAUACAGUACACACUGCAUGCAGCUGUUCUACAGAUUACCAAAAUUAUUUACUCCACCCUUCUUCAAAAUAGCGCUUGAGGUUUAAGUUCCUGGUUAGUCUAAAAGAUAUAAUCUGCAUACUUUGUUAUGAAAUUAUGAGGGAUAAAAGUGAAGUAUUGGGGGGAAAAUGGAUUCGAAAGUGAAACUGGUAGGGAAAGCCCAUGCUGAUACAUUGACUCUUCAUUUUUUAAAAGACAUAGGUACAUAUUUUGGAUGAAAAGUAUUCCAAAUUCGAAAACUCAGUGAAAGUAACACUUGUGCAUUGAAUUCUAGCCAGUGUAGCACUCAUGCUAAACUAAAAUGAUCCUGGGCAGAAGGAGAAAUUUGUCAGCAAACAUAAAACAAGAUUUCACAGAGCUGAAUUUAUUCCAUCUGACUUAAGAAUUUAUUAGAAGUUUAUUUCACCUUCUAGAUUGAUACUGCUAAGUCAUCCUUAAUAGAGUAUAUAGUACCAAUAUAGUUUACCUUUAAGUAAAUAAACUAUGUCAUCAGUGAUAAAGAUGGGAAGGACUGGAUUUGCCCACGUGUAAGCAGGACUUGAAGAGUUUUAAAUUGCAUUGUCCCUGUGUAACUUCGUAAUGGCUAUAUAUUUAUUAUAUAAAGCCAUUUUUUGUAUAUACACGGAACUUGGAAUUUCCUUCAUCUCUACAAAUUUUCCACUCUGAGAUCAGCUUAUUUCAUAAAAGGAAGUCAUGUACUUUCUGCUUGAAUAGCAGAACAAAACAUUAAAGACAAGGUACCCAAAAGAUUUAAGGCAAACAGUAUAUUUGUCCAUAUCCAAACCCAGCCUUUCAAUGCCAGCAACUGAAAAUUUGUCAUAUGUUUAUAAAGUUUGAUUUGCUUACCUAGAUUUGUGAAUCAUCAGGCCAUUUUUAGAGCCACUCCUAAGAGCGAGAGAGUAAAAAAUAAUCAUGACUACUACUAAUGCUUCCAUAUUUACAAAUUGUGUCCUGAAAGGAAUGUUACUUGCCUUAUAUUUCUGAAUGACUUGUCUUAGAGGAAACACAAUUAAAAUUCAUGUGAAAGUGUGUGCCUCUUGCCUUCCAUAUAGUCAUCAUUAAAUAAUGGCUUCAGUUUUUAUUUUCUUCUAGUUUUUAUUAAUAGUUUUAUUCUCUAAACUAGAUACACAUAAAGGGAAAAGCAAGUUUAUUUCUUAUCACCUUUUGUUUAAACUUGUUUGAAUGAAUAAUGAAGAAAAAAUAAAAACAUUAAAGGGUUCGUCCUGCUUUUUAUGGAUGAGGAAAAGAAGUAAAUCUCAAAAAUAAUAAGCAAAAACAUGGUUGUCGGUUUGUUUAAAAAAAAAAAAUUCUGCCUGUUCCUAAAUUGAAGUUGGUGGGUGAGGUUCUUUGUAUAAUAAAUAAUAAGCAUUUGACCGAUACAUCAUUAAACAUUUUAGAGUUUCAUUUCCUCACAGGAGUGAUCACAGUUUUACUACAAACCAUUUAGCACACAAGUGCAAUGAUUUUGCACCAAUAUUGGCCAGCCUAAAACUGAAAUUUACUUGCUAAGUGUCAGUGUAACAAUUACUUUUUGUGAUAAAUAGUUUUAGAACCAAAAGAUGUUAUCCAAAAAGUGUAAAACCAUAUGUAAGUAGCAACUCUGUCUAUGGUCUUGUGUGGUAUGUGUGUGGUUUUUUAAAAAUCACUAAAAUACAUAUGUUUUCCAUUUUUAAAUUCCACCAAGAGGGGAAAAUAAAAUUAAAUGCCACUGGUCACAUGUUGUAUUUUCUGGUUAAUCUCUUAGAUCAUGGUUUGCUUUGCAGUACCUAUGACACUUAAAUUGUUUUCAGUGCUUUUGAACUGCUAAGUAAAUUUUUAGAUGUGUAUAAUCUGUUCAACUUCUAAUCAUUUUUAUUAUAAUCAAAGAUUGUUCAAAUAAGUAAACUUCAGAAAAUUUCAAGUUCCAGAAAAUUUCUAGAAAACAAUCUGAAUGGAAUCAAAUAUUUACUAAUGAGAGUCCAUGAGAUCAUCAUGUAGUUAAAAAUUAGUUAUUUCAAGAUUUUUGACAAAAAUCAAUGUGAAGGUUCAGUUAACAUAAAUCUGUCUCAUUAUAGAAUCCUUGCAAGAUACAUAGUCAACCACAUACAAGUAAGGUUGGUCUUUUGUCUCUUUGGAGACAGAAUACAAAUUAAUAUUCAAGUUGGGAUGUGGCAAGUAAAAUACUAAACAUUCUUCAGUGCCAUUCUAAAUUAGUUGAAAAACUAAAAUUCUUAAAAUUCAAGAACUUAGAUGCUGGCCAAAUAUAUUUAAAUGAAUUUAGGCACACUCUCCAUCUAAAAAUUGCUCUAGUUCCUUACCAUACACGUGCCAAAGUCAAAUAUCCAUUGGCUACAUUUUUUAAAUAAUAGCUCAGAAUAUUUUUUAAUUCAUUAUGAUUAAUGAUAUCAUAAAUAAGAUUCUAUUAAAACGUUCCACAGGCCCAAUGGUCCUCUUACAUAAGCCAGAUUUUGGCCAUGGAGCUGAAGUGUGAUUUGCUUGCUUUACAUUGUAGGGUUUCUUUCAUCUGAGUCAAAUAGUAUGAAAGAGAUUGAGUUAAAAACUGAAAAAUCUGGGGCGCCUGGGUGGCUCAGUGGGUUAAGCCACUGACUUUGGCUCAGGUCAUGAUCCCAGGGUCCUGGAAUCGAGUCCCGCAUCGGGCUCUCUGCUCAGCGGGGAGCCUGCUUCCUCCUCUCUCUCUCUGCCUGCCUCUCUGCCUACUUCUGAUCUCUCUCUGUCAAAUAAAUAAAUAAAUUCUUUUGAAAAAAUCUGAAAAACCUGAUAAAUACUUAGUAUGAUAAGUGAAUUUAUGAAUCGAUUUAGCACAUUUGCAUAUAAAUUUCCCUUGAGUUACCCUUCUCUAUUUUAUGAGCCCUUGAAAAAUAAUCCUUAAGUUUUUAAAUUUUUUUAAGUUUUUAAAUUUAUUGAAGGCACCAAACUCCCAGCACUAGAUAUUACAGAUAUGAAACAAACUGAUUUCAAAAUGACCAAGAUUUGGGGGAUCUGAUAACUCAGCCAUUUUCAGAAACAACUGGAGAGUGAGGAGCUCUCUCUCACUUUUGCAAACAUGCCUGACUACUCACAACUGUCUUUUUAGCACUGGCUUUGUUAACAACUGCACAAAGCAUUCACUUUACUGAUUGGACAUGAAUGCUUCAAUAUUUCUGUGUAUUCAUAUAUCUGCUCAGAAAAUAAAACAUACGCUUUGGUAUUUGUUUUUUGCAACUGAGAUUGUGGAGGAUAUUCACCCUCAGUUUGAUUUCUUCAUCUUUUGGGACAUGAAAGACUACUCUGCCAGCUCUUUAAAAAACAGGUUUGAAUUAAUUAUUUUCAAUAAUAUAUAAGCAAACAAAAUCCCCUUGGCAGCAAUUCACAUUGCAUUAGAAUUUAAGUGAUACUUUGGCAUUUCUGCUUUCUCUUCUUUUCCGGUAAUUGCACAGUUCUCUUGCUCUCUCUAAACUGGAUGUGUAAUGUCUUCUUUCUUUUGAAAAGUCAUUGAGUAUCAUUAAUGUGAUAAACCAAGUUGUAUAGCAGAGUAACAAAAACUUGUGAUAUUAUGAGUCUUUUGCAAUAUUACCUCAGCUAGAAGAGGUAUCUGUACGUGUGUGUGUUUUUAAGUUGUUUUUGUCUAGUGUUUCAAAUGUUUUCAGCAAAUUGUGUAAUAUGAAAAGUUUCAAUAAAAUGUUGAAAUAAAAA